UUCCGUCUUUCCUCCACUCCACUUUACUCGCUGCGCGCGCUCUCUCUCUCUCUCGCUCUCUCGCUCUCUCGCUCUCUGCUUCACCUUCGGUUUUCACUCUUUUCAAGUAUGUCGUCAUCUGAUAAGCCAGAAGAAGUAGUUGAAAGGGAUGCUAAGGAGAAAGAUGACAAGAAUGAAGAAAAGGGUGGAUUUAUUGAAAAGGUAAAGGACUUUAUUCAUGACAUUGGUGAGAAGAUUGAAGAAGCCAUUGGAUUUGGGAAACCCACUGCAGAUGUUACAGGGAUUCACAUUCCUAAAAUUAAUCUUGAAAGAGCGGAUAUUGUUAUUGAUGUGCUUGUUACCAACCCAAAUCCCAUUCCAAUCCCUCUGGUUGACAUAGAUUACUUGAUUGAGAGUGAUGGAAGAAAACUGGUUUCUGGUUUGAUCCCGGAUGCCGGAACAAUCAAAGCACAUGGUUCAGAGACUGUCAAGAUUCCAGUUAGUCUCAUUUAUGAUGACAUUAAGAACACAUACAGUGAUAUCAAGCCUGGGAGCAUUAUUCCUUACAAGAUCAAGGUCAACCUUAUUGUAGAUGUGCCUGUCUUUGGAAGGUUAACUCUACCGCUUGAGAAAACAGGAGAGAUACCCAUACCUUACAAGCCUGAUAUUGAUCUUGACAAAAUACAGUUUCAGAGUUUCUCUCUUGAGGAAACUGUUGCAGUUCUUCAUUUGAAAUUGGACAAUAAGAAUGACUUUGACUUGGGCCUCAAUGGGCUGGACUAUGAGGUUUGGCUAACUGAUGUGAGCAUUGGAGGUGCAGAACUCUCCAAAUCUGCUAAAAUUGAAAAAAAUGGAAUCAGUUGCAUUGAACUUCCCAUCACCUUCAGGCCGAGGGAAUUUGGCUCAGCACUUUGGGCUAUGAUUAGAGGAAAAGGUACUGGGUACACCAUGAAAGGAAAUAUUGAUGUGGAUACACCAUUUGGAGCAAUGAAGUUACCCAUCAGCAAGGAGGGUGGGACCACACGCCUCAAGAAGGACAAAGGUGUUGGCGAAGAUGACGAUGACGAUGAUGAUGAGGAUUAGAGAAGAAUCGGAGAAGACAUUAGCUAGAGUGGUUUGUAUGAGUUUCUGUUGUUCUUUUAUUGUCCAAGGUCAUUCUAAUAAUGGAUUAUUAUGUAAUUGAGUCUGGGAUGUGAACUUUUGAUGGUAAUCUACAUAUAUCUUUGGAGGAGUUGGUAUUUAUAUAAUGAAUAUGUUUGUGCUAUAUUGUGAUAGAUAUUGCAAUUUGUCAAUUGUUUUGUUUGAA